AUGAUAACCACAAGUGAUGGAGAGAGUAUGAAUGGAGUAGAACACCUUCAAAACAAUCACAAAGAAAGCCAGGAGGAAGGAAGUUGUACAACUCAACUGACAUCCAAAGAAGAGCUAAGGAAGAAGGAUGUGUUGAACCCAUAUGAACCUUUUUCCCACAGGCUUAAAGGUGGUGUAGCAGGGAGAAUGUACUCAAGGUUCCUUGAUAUGUUUGCAUCUCUUGAUGUAAGUAUACCAUUCAUUAGAGCCCUCCAGCAAAUGCCUUUCUACAUCAAGUAUAUAAAGGAGCUACUAGCCAGAAAGAGCCCAUUGAAAGGUGGACAAACCAUAAAGAUGAACAAGGAUUGCAGUGCCCUCAUUCAACCAGGGGCACCUACAAAGAAGGAGGAUCUAGGGAGUUUCCACAUCCCUUGUGCCAUAGGAGAAACAAUGAUUGACAAAGGGCUUUAUGACUUUGGAGCAAGCAUCAAUGUAAUGCCUUUCUCCCUCAUGAAAAGGCUCCAAAUCAAUGAACUAACUCCCACUGAUGUAAUUAUCAGAUUGGCUGACAAAACUCAAAGACAAGCAAUAGGAGUGGUUAAAAAUGUGCUGAUAAAGGUUGGGAACUACUACCUUCCCACAGAUUUUGUUGUUCUAGAAAUGGAUGAGAAUCCUAUCUACCCUAUCAUUCUGGGAAGACCAUUCCUAGCCACAGCCAGAGCGCUCAUAGACGUAGAGCGAGGAGAGCUAGUACUGAGGAUACAUGAUGAGCAGCUCACCUUCAAUGUCUUUAAAACCUCACAAGAAUCAGAUCAUGAUAACAGAGAGUUGAUGGAGGAGCCAACCAAGGAAGCAUUGAUGCAAGAAAUAAGCAGUGAAGUGGAAACAAUACAAAUAGAAGCCUCAUUGGUUGGAAAGCCAUGUGCUUAG